CACUGGGGAGUCAUGUAAGAUUUUUGGACACACACGCUGACCGGACUCAACGCAGACGAGGCUGCCCGAGUAGUCUCGGAACGCGCCAUACCGAGACUUACGCACACCCACACACAUGCACACACGCCAGCACACACGCACACAUGAUCCUGCAGAGAGAACUUGCCGGUGGUCAGCAGGAACUGAUCGCGCCAGCGAGCGUAGUUGCCGGAGUUGACGUCGAGGACGGUCGUGAUCAGACUUCGGAUGUUUUGGAUGGAGACGGCCUGAGCGUGGAGGUUGAGGACGGCGGCGGCCUCGUGCAGCAUCAUGGCGGAGUGGAAGUCGUGGUGCUGCAGAUGAGGAGAGUCGCCAUCCUUCUUCUCCGGGGAACGCGGCAGCGGGGCGCCAGCCUCGGCGCGGGCGGUGGCCGCGCGAUCCAGGGCGGCCUGGAUCCGCUGGGCGGCGGCGUCCCGCUCCUUGGUGGCGGCAGCCGCUUCAGCCUCGACAUCGGCGGCGCGCUGAAGGGCAGCGGCGCGCGCCUGGUGCGCGGCGUCAUCGGCGGCCUCCCUCUCCUUAGCAGCGGCGGCGGCGGCGGCUCUGGCGCCGGCGGCCGCCUGUUCGGCGUCGUCAGGGGAGGGUCUAGCCAUGUGAGGGGCUGGGGGGCGCGUAGCAGAGGGGGCUGCGCAGGGGAGGUGGGCGCAGCACGGCGGGAAGCCGGCGCGCGGGCGCUGCGCAGCGAGGUGCCGGCGCGCUAGGGCAGCGGAAGUCGAACCGGGAAGAAGACUCGGACUCGUGAUACCAUGAAAGCAAAUAUGGCACGGGAAAUUGGUGAUUGAUUAACGAGAGUACAUGGGGUACAUUAUAUAGGCAAGGAUCGGUAUCUAGGGUUUAUAGAACACACCCAAUCAAUGGAGAUCCUUGCCUAAUCGAGAUCAAUUACCAUAACCCAUCUAAAACCCUAGCCGCCUAGGCUGGGCGCCAAGGCCCAAAGGCCGGCCCACUAUAAGCCUCGCUAACAGAAACUACAGUAUGGUGGAAGGGCUAUCAAAUGAUGUUUUCCCCGUGGGAAGAACAGAGCAGUCCUUCGUAAAUUUAUAUUAGUUGUGAAGCAUCCACUUUAUGUUCACAACAUUCCAUUGAGCACUAUAAGGAGAUGGAAUCUUACUUUUCAUAUUAUAUUAGUAUUUUCAUUUAUAGUUGCUUCUUUGCUGCAUGGACAUGUAGAGCGCCUAUCAACCUCCAGAUGGCCUAGUUGUAGUUGAAGCUGUACGAUCUUUGUGAAUGAUAUAUAUGGCCAGUUUUUCAUGCAUAUAUUCUCCAAAGAUCUGGAGGUAUGCUUAAAAGCUCCAAGAGCUAGCCUCCCCUGCAUGGCGCCUUGCCGGGGCUUGGCCAAAGGCUCACGAUGAGUCAUUUCAUGUUCAACGAUACUACUCUGAGUGGUGAGCACAUAGCUGGAGAAAGAUUCUUUGGAUCAACAUCACAAUGCAGCCGUACGAACUACGAAACCUGGGGAGGUAGUAGCAGGUCAUUAGCAAUUUUCAUUCUUCUCUUUAUUUGCUUUUCCUUGAUGGCAGUUGGAGUAUCUAGUACUUCACUCGUCACCCUUGAUCGAAAACUAUUUCCCUGGACCUGUUCUACAAGACCCUAGUUCAUCUACAAUAGUCCCUCCACAUGCGUCCUGAAUAGUUCAUAUUUGUUCUCCAAUUCUGUCUAUAUAAAACUUUCAACACUCACCUAUUGAAGUUUCCCCUUAGAAUGAUCUAGGGAUGGCAAAUUGCAGUUGCAAAAAUUACCACAACAUGCAUGUUCAAAACCUACAGACCGUUGGUGAUUCUUUCUCAUACUUAUGUUUGCAUUUCAUACAAUUGUCAUGCAUUCACUUCUUGCUACAUCAUCCCUUGUCCACAGAAUACAGCUGUAUGCAUGUACAGAAUUAUUCGAACCAAACAAGAACCAGAGAAGCAUCUCCUGGCUUGAGAGUAGGCGCAUCAAUGUUUUGAUAUCAUCAUUCCAGGUUCGUCAUGACAUUUAAAAUCUCCUUGCAAGAAUAAAUUAAACUUUUGAUGGCGCCAAUGAGCAGUUUGAAUUUCCAAGGGGGGGUAGAGUCAUAUCAUAAUAUGGAGCUUGCAUUCAAGAUGUUCCAGCCAGAACACCACAUUCUACCUCUGCUCUCCACAUAUGUGUCAAUAUCUGCAACUCCCAUAAGUUAUCCAUGCAGAUUUGCUUCUUCUUUUUUUCAGCACGGAAUAAAAGGUGAGGACCACUGCCUUCUACAUCGUGUACCUUAUACUCUACUCUCUACUUGAAAACAACAUCCUCUACCUUAUACUCCACUUUGUUGUAAGUUUCAUAAUAAGUACUCCGUACUGUUGUAGGCUUCUUUCACCUUUUCUAAACGUACAAGACCAUAUGCUGGACUGUAAGCAACAAAUAUAAUGACAAAUAUAAUGAAUAUCAGUUACAUGCAUUAGGGUACUCAUUUUGUUCCAGAAGUCAGCGGCGGAUACAGGAGGGGGGCUAGGGGGGCUCAAGCCCCCCCUAAGAGCCCCUAAUUACACGUAAAACACUGUAGCAAAAGCAUCAAAUCACCAUUAAAUCUUCACACAAAUCAACAUCUCCAUUGUUUCAGCCCCCCUUGUCUCUCAUCCUGCAUCCGCCAUUGCCAGAAGUCAUAGCUGCAUACCGUGCAAAUUAGUUUUGACUUUUUGACUAGUAUUAGAUAACUAUUACUUUGCACGUGUGCUUCAGAAAAGUUGCUUGGAGACAUGCAAGUGUACAGUGAGAGCACAAAACACUUUUGAAAGGAAUAUACCCAACUUCUAACAAUCAUCUUGGAAUAAAGGUACUGUCUUGCAGAUCAGAUGGGCAUCUCCACCAGGACAUUGCAAGCAGUAAGGUAGUAGAUCAGCCUUGGAUUUUGAAAGUUCUUAAAUCGCAAGGGGGAAAAAGCACCAGGGAAUUUCCCCGCACUGCAAACAGCCUACACCCAGCUUCUGUGGAUGAACUCUUGUCAUGCCAGCCGUUGGUCCUGCCUCUCCUCUCGGACUGUUCGCCAGCCAGCUGGAAACGGCGUUGAAAUCAGAUCACUUCUAUGAGCUAUAAUGGCUAAUGCUGGAGUCAUUGGGGCUCUAUGCUUGCUGUCUGCCAAUUACUUGCUACGACUUUAGAAGAUUGACUUUGAGCACUGGGUUGGAUGAUUGGCGUCACCACUUCAUCAUAUUAAUUCAACCAGUUUGAACAAUAUGCAAUGCUUCUCCGAUGUAAUUCCCUUGUAAUGCAUACGUGAGCCAGAUUGCUUAUACGUCCUUUAUUGCAAUUGCAGGGAUUGUUAAGACUGGUGGCCCGUGGCUUGGAACGUGAGACACAAACCUCAAACGGAAUGGAUUGAUGAGAACAUUUUGGGACUUGCUUGGAGUGACUGAACGUCUACAGCCUUUAGAAAAAACAGUCGGCAGGAAAAUGAUUUGUGCGUGUGAAGGCAAGAUGUCGCUUGGACGCUGGUACCGUGUACAGGCUAAAGUAAACGACAGAUGUGGCGCCAAGCAUCCCAAGCUAACGUAUGAUAGGAUUUUGAUUUGCUAUAGCAAGAACGCAAGGACGAUGCAUCCCAUACGUUGAUGUGACGCCGAAGUGGAAAGAGGUGAGUCGGCGACAGAUGCUAUAUCUUGC